GACAUAAGGUACCAAACACAACACACUGAAUAAAAACAAUCAACGUCAUCCGUCAUCCUACCCCUUACCCCUCCCAACGACAAACACUAAAGAGCGGGCACCCAUUGAAGCCACCAACUUGACGAUCUCCUAGAAGAAACACCAGCCACCCCCAAAUACUGCCCAAAUACUGCCCAAAUGGACGAGUCAGACACCACAGCCCUAUUUGCUUCCCCCUCCUCCAAGGGCGAUCGUGGCAAAGAAGCAGAGAAACCCGAAAGCGCAGAGAGACCCGAGACACCAGCCAAUCAAAAUGCGCGAUUUGAUGCUGAAGAAGCAAGGGAAGCAGCUCUCCGUAGGGAGCUCGAAGGAGUGCGCAACAUCAACCAAGUCAUCGAAGGGGUCAUUGCGACCCUAGACAAGGCAAAGGGCAACAUGAAUACUGUCUCCAGUACUGUCAAUAAUGCCUCAACCUUGCUCAAUACCUGGACUCGCAUCUUGUCACAGACCGAACAUAACCAGCGCUUGAUCUUGAACCCUAACUGGAAGGGCGCGACUCAAGAUAUGGCCGAUAUCGAGGGCGAGGUGUUACUGAAGCAGCAGGCCGCCGAGAGGAGAGCUGCGGAGGACGAACGGAGAAGAGAGGAGGCGCGGAGAAGGGCGGAAGAUGAAGAGAGACAGAGGCAGGCUGGCUCUGCCCCUGCUGCUGCGCCUCGUGGUGCUCGCGGCUCAAGAGGUCGGGGAAGGGGCACUACCCGUGGUGGCACCUCGGUUUACUCGGCCAGCGGCACCUCGUCAAGCACCAACGGUUCACGGAAUACUUCAGGCAUCGGUCGUGGUUUUGGGAGUACGAGUACGAGGGCGGGAAGGUCACGAGGAGUGAGAUGAUCCAACAUAUACGACGCCAUCAUACACUGCCUAACUACCUAUAGACCCCCUACAUAUCAUGAAUGCAACGACGAUACCCACCAAAAA